GGCUGACCGCGUUUGCGGUGUCCCGUGCGAAGGGGCCGCGGGAGAGGGCGUGUGGCCCCGCCCUCGGGUGGCCGGGCGCAGCGAGGUUACACAGCCCGCUCCAGCCUGCGGGAAACAUCCAGACUCUUCCUGUGGCACCGUUACCCGCCCUGCCUCUGCUAAUAGAAAAGGGGUUGGGUGGUUUCCCUCGCGUUCCGUAUUUGGUGUCGGCACUGGGCUGCUUUUGACGUCACGCGUGGUAGUAUCUAGCAGCUGACAACGUUGAAGCUUGCAUUGCAGUCACUGCUACAAAUGUGUGAAAUUUGCUGUUACAUAGCUAUGUCUUAACUGAAGACUUCAUCGUUUUGAUGUCCCCUUCUGAAUGUGCUACACAGAAGGGAUAUUCUAGAAAAGUCAAGUUGGAAGAUCACUGAUCAAAAGAAGCAUAAACAUGUUGUGCUGGGGAAAUGCAUCUUUUGGACAGCUUGGAUUAGGUGGAAUUGAUGAAGAGAUUGUUUUAGAACCCAGAAAAAGUGACUUUUUCUUAAAUAAAAGGGUCAGAGAUGUAGGAUGUGGACUGAGACAUACUGUUUUUGUCCUGGAUGAUGGGACUGUUUAUACAUGUGGAUGCAAUGACCUAGGACAACUAGGGCAUGAAAAAGCCAGGAAAAGACCCGAGCAUGUUGGUGCACUGGAUGCCCAAAAUAUUGUAGCUGUGUCAUGUGGAGAAGCCCACACUCUUGCACUGAAUGACAAGGGUCAGGUAUAUGCUUGGGGUCUGGCUACUGACGGACAGCUUGGCUUGCCGGGAACAGAGGAAUGCAUCAGAGUGCCCAGAAAUAUUAAAAGCUUAUCAGAGAUCCAGAUUGUUCAAGUAGCUUGUGGCUAUUAUCAUUCGCUAGCACUCUCAAAAGGAAGUGAAGUUUUUUCCUGGGGACAAAAUAAAUACGGCCAGCUGGGCUUAGGUUACGAGUAUAAAAAACAAAACUCGCCACAAGUGAUUAAAUCUCUGCUGGGAAUCCCUUUUGCACAGAUUGCAGCAGGAGGAGCUCAUAGUUUUGUUCUAACUCUUUCUGGAGCUAUUUUUGGAUGGGGACGCAACAAAUUUGGGCAGCUGGGUCUUAAUGAUGAUAAUGACAGGUAUGUUCCUACACUGCUAAAGUCACUGAGAACUCAGAAGGUUGUUCAUAUAUGUUGUGGAGAAGAUCAUACUGCUGCCCUUACAAAGGAAGGUGGGGUUUUUACAUUUGGAGCUGGAGGCUAUGGUCAGUUGGGUCAUAACUCUACCAGCCAUGAGAUAAACCCAAGGAAAGUUUUUGAACUUAUGGGAAGUGUUGUCACGCAGAUCACUUGUGGCAGGCAGCACACCACUGCGUUUGUUCCUUCAUCUGGAAGAAUUUAUUCUUUUGGUCUUGGAGGUAAUGGGCAAUUAGGUACAGGAACAACCAGUAAUAGGAAAAGUCCCUUCACAGUAAAAGGAAACUGGCUUCCUUAUAGUACUCAAUGCCCGAUAACCACAGACAGUGAGGAGUGUUAUUGUGUAAAGAGAAUUUUCUCUGGUGGGGAUCAAAGUUUUGCACACUACUUUUAUCCACAGAACAUGGUGCCAUCAGAUGAUUUUAGGUAUCCUGACCUUUUGAAGCAGAUCUGGACUGUGAAUGAAACGUUUAUUCAAAGAUUGCUGACUUUCCCAUCUGGAAGACUUCCUGUAGAGAUAGCUAAUGAAAUUGAUGGAGCAUUCUCCUCAGCUGGGUGUCUGAAUGGGAGCUUUUUGGCUUUGAGCAAUGAUGAUCAUUACAAAACCAGCACUAAAUUCUCAGGGGUUGAUAUGAAUGCUGCUAGACUACUGUUUCACAAACUUAUACAGCCUGACCACACUCACAUAUCACAACAGGUGGCAGCUAGUUUGGAAAAGAACCUUAUUCCCAAAUUGACCAGCUCCUUACCAGAUGUUGAAGCUUUGAGGCUGUAUCUCACUCUACCAGAAUGCCCACUGAUGAGUGAUGCAAACAAUUUCACAACGUUAGCUAUUCCUUUUGGGACAGCUAUUCUGAACCUAGAAAAAGCUCCUCUGAAAGUUCUUGAAAAUUGGUGGUCUCUACUUGAACCUCCAUUGUUCCUCAAGAUAGUGGAACUCUACAAGGAUGUCGUGGUCCACCUUUUGAAAUUGUGCAAGAUGGGCAUUCCGGCUUCUGAAAGAAGAAUACUUACCAAUUUUCUACACACGGCUUUCAGAGUUCUGGAAAUACUGCACAGAGUAAAUGAAAGAGGACAAGUUAUACAGUAUGACAGAUUUUACAUUCAUGAGAUACAAGAUUUGAUAGAUAUCAGAAAUGACUAUGUCAACUGGGUCCAGCAGCAGGUAUUUGGAAUGGAUGUCAACCAUGGAUUGACUGAGUUAACGGAUAUUCCUGUUACAAUUUGCACGUACCCAUUUGUAUUUGAUGCCCAGGCAAAGACAACUCUCCUACAAACAGAUGCAGUCAUACAGAUGCAGAUGGCUGUUGAUCAGGCUCACAGACAGAAUUUGUCUUCUCUUUUUCUGCCAGUAUUUGAAUCUGUCAACCCAUGCCUGAUAUUAAUGGUUCGGAGAGACAAUAUUGUAGGAGAUGCUGUAGAAGUCCUAAGGAAAACAAAAAAUGUAGACUACAAGAAGCCACUCAAGGUUAUUUUUGUAGGGGAAGAAGCUGUUGAUGCUGGAGGUGUUCGCAAAGAAUUUUUUUUGCUCAUCAUGAGGGAGUUGCUUGAUCCCAAGUAUGGAAUGUUCAGGUAUUAUGAAGAGUCCAGGCUGAUCUGGUUCUCUGAUCAGACCUUUGAAGACAGUGACUUGUUUCAUUUGAUUGGUGUUGUCUGUGGGCUAGCAAUAUAUAAUUUUACUAUUAUAGACCUUCAUUUCCCUUUGGCUUUGUACAAAAAGCUUUUGAAUAAGAAACCAUCCCUGGAUGACUUAAAAGAAUUGAUGCCAGAUGUUGGCAGGGGAAUGCAACAGUUACUGGACUAUCCAGAGGAUGACAUAGAAGAAGCAUUUUGUCUUAAUUUUACUAUCACUGUGGAAAAUUUUGGUACAACAGAAAUUAAAGAGCUUGUUCCUAAUGGUGCUGAUGUUCCUGUAGUCAAACAAAAUAGGCAAGAUUUUGUAGAUGCGUAUGUGGAUUACAUCUUCAAUAAAUCUGUGGCUUCCUUGUUCAAUGCAUUCCAUGCGGGCUUCCACAAAGUAUGUGGAGGUAAAGUUCUUCAGCUCUUCCAGCCCAGCGAGUUGCAGGCAAUGGUGAUUGGGAACACAAAUUAUGAUUGGAAAGAGUUGGAGAAGAAUACAGAAUACAAAGGAGAAUACUGGGCAGACCAUCCUACAAUUAAAAUAUUCUGGGAGGUUUUUCAUGAGCUGUCUUUGGAGAAGAAAAAACAGUUUUUGUUGUUUCUGACAGGCAGUGAUCGUAUUCCAAUUCUUGGAAUGAAGUGUCUUAAACUAGUCAUCCAGCCAACAGGAGGUGGAGAAGAUUAUCUUCCGGUAGCUCACACUUGCUUUAAUCUUCUUGAUCUUCCAAAAUACACAGAUAAAGAAACCCUGAAGUCUAAAUUGAUCCAGGCUAUAGAUCACUAUGAAGGUUUCAGUUUAGUAUAACUUCAGCAAUGAGAGUUCCGUGUAACGUGGGAUCAUUAAACUAACUUUUUGUGUCUUUCUUGUGGUGGUAAGUUCAGUGGGUUAAAUGAUUGAGUUGAUAAUAUAACUGAUUAUCUGAGAAAAUGUUCAGUGGUACGGAUAUUCAUGGGAGCCAAAACACAUUGACAAAAAUGAGGAACUGUCUUAAUACAUACCUUCUUGUACAGAACCAUGUGGAUUUUGCCAUCUUACAAUAAAAACAAGAGUAUUGUGAAUGGGAGUCAAGUUUCACUAACAUGAAUUGACAUUUCUCCUUAUGCAAACAAUUUGGCGUGUGAGUGCAUGAGAGACUUGCUUAAGUUUUUCAAAUCACCUAGUAAGAACAUUUAACUUUUUCCCUGAUAAAUUCACUUGGUAACUUUUCAUUUUGUAAAUAAUAAAUUUUUGUGAUAAAAUAA